AUGAUUGGCAAAAAUACAAAAGCAAUACUAACACCUAUUUUAGUCGAUGAUGAAAAACUUAGAAAGCUCCAAAAAGAAUUCUUAACUCCCCCUUGUUUACCGAUCAAAAUUUUUCUGCUCGCUAGCCAAGGGGAUUAAGCUUUUUAUAAUUAAAUUAUUUAAAAAUUUUAAUAUAUUAUAUGUAAAUCUCUAGUUUAAUUUAUUAAAUUUAUUUUUUAAAAAUGUAUGCUAUUUAAUAUAAUAUGCUGGAAAUCUCAUUAUUAUAAUCAUUAAUUAUAUAUUUUUAUAAAAGUUUUAUAUUAAAUUUUUUGCUCAUUAACAAUAGAGGUCUAUUUCCCCAAAAUAGGGAUUUUUCUAUUGGUUUUGCUCGCUAACCAAGUCUGGGGCAAGAGGAAGAAAAAGCAAAAAUGAGCCUACACGAAGAUCGAGCAGUGAAAGACCUACUUUACUUACUUCAAAAUCCACGAACCAGUUUCCUAAACCUCGAGAAAUCCUAAAAGACUACAUCAAAAAAAGAUUAGAAGAAAAUAAGGACUGCAAUGCUUAUAAUACUGCAGUCACCCUAAAGCACUGACCUCCUUUAACCCCGACAGCAGGCCAGUUUCCAAUACACAGAAGAGUGUUUUCAGACCAAAUUCAAACUAUCUUCAGGGAUUCUUUAAAAAAAGAUGACGAAACAAGCCCAAAAAUUACUCCAGAUUCAACACCUAAAACAUUUUAUUUAGAAAAAGAUCCAUUUCUCGAUCUAAAUAGUGCGCCAAGAAAAAGGUUUAAGCCUCAGCCAGGAGAAAAUGCUUUACUAAUCCAACAUAUUUCAAAUUAUUUUAAAACCUAUUUAGAUGGCCCACCAACGACAACUGAUUUCUAUAGCAUCGGCGAAACUAUAGGAAAAGGACCAUUUGGGAUAGUUUUUAUAGGAAAACAUAAGCUGGCAGGCAUUAAUGUAGCCAUAAAAUCAAUAGCAAAAGUUGCAUUAGAAAAUGAAGAUGCCCGCAAAAAAGUUCUCCAUGAAGUUCUUAUAUUAAAGAAAACCAGGCAUGAAAGGAUUAACAGGAUAUUAGAAGUUUUUGCAUCUGAGCACCAUUAUUUUAUAGUCAUGGAGUACGCAGGAGGUGGAGAUCUUUUACAAUUCGUAAAGAAAAAGAAAAAAAUUGUGGAAAAAGAAGCAAAAGAUAUUUUUCGACAAAUUUUGGAAGGCGCUCAAUUGAUGCACUCUAAUAGAGUUUUACAUAGAGAUAUUAAAUUGGAGAAUAUUUUGCUGGACUCAAGCUAUUCGUCUAUUAAGUUUUGUGACUUUUCGAGUAGCAGGGUAAUGAGAAGAGGAGAUGUUGCAACUGAAAAAUGCGGGACUCCUGCAUAUCUUGCCCCAGAAAUGAUUGCAGGAAAAGGCUAUGAGGAGUUUUCAGUUGAUAUAUGGUGUUUAGGAAUUUUACUAUACACAAUGCUAUGUGGGACUGUUCCAUUUAAAGGAAAAAAUAUUAAAGAACUACAAAUAGCGAUUUUAAAAGGGACAAUUGAUUAUCCUGAUUUUUUAUCAGAGGAAGCAAAAGAUUUAAUUUCCCAAUUUUUAGAUUUAAUUCCUCAAAAUAGAAUUUCUAUAUGAAAAGCUUUAGAGCAUCCUUGAUUUUCAAGCGAAGGCAAAGAUGAAAAUAAUAUAGCGCCUUUUUUUGUUGGCGGACCUUUGGAGAGAAGACCACGCGCUUUUGAUGAUGCUGCGAUAUCAGAAGUCUCAAAAUUUGGGUAUCCAAAAAGUUAUCUAAUUAAUUCACUCACUCCCCCAGUAAUAAGCAAAUUUUUGCUUAUUCGUGGAGGCUUUAAGCAUAAAAUUUUCAAAUUGUUAAUUUGCUUAUUAUUUAGGGGUAAAUGCACAAAGUUUUUAUUUUUGACAUUUUAGCUGAAAACCACCUAAUAAAGCAAAUUUCGAUUUAUUUAUAUAAAAUUUACCAUUUAAAAAUUCUGUGCAAAAAACCCCACGAAUAAGCAAGAAUUUACUUAUUACUGGGCAGGAGGAGUCAGAAACGGAGACUUGAAUCAUGCUACAGCAAGCUAUUACCUUCUAAGAGAAAAUAUGCUAGUAAAUUAA